AUGACAACGGAGAGACAUUCAGUCAAGUUCCACAGCACCUGGGCUAAUGAGCCUCCCACUGAAGCGGAGAAGGCUAAGGUGAAAUCAGAGCGGGCCCUUAUGCGAGCCGUCCUUGCUGGGAAUAAGGUGGCAGUAGAGGCCGCUAUUGAGGAACUACCACGGAACGGUGGUGAUAUUAAUGCUGAGGGCUCAGGAGACUUCACGCCUCUUAUGACCGCUUGUCUCGCGGGCAACCCCAAGGUGGUCACUUUCUUCCUAAGUAAGGGCGCUAACAUCAACGCCAGUAGCAGGAAAGGAAAGAUGCCCUUAGCCAUCGCCGAGGAAGCCGGUCACCAAGCGGUCGUCGAAGCCCUACAGAGUGCUUUGUGA